GGACCACACUUCCCAGGCGCCCCUGCGCGGCGGGCGCGGUCGCGGGAUCCGGCUGCCGGUUGGGACGCGGAGUCUGAGGUACACGGCGGAGCGCGAUGGCCGCGUGGGGCGAGCGGCUGGCGGGCGUGCGCGGGGUGCUGCUCGACAUCUCGGGCGUGCUGUACGACUGCGGCGCGGGCGGCGGCAGGCCAAUCGCUGGCUCCGUGGAGGCGGUGGCGAGACUGAAGCGCUCCCACCUGAAGGUGAGAUUCUGCACCAACGACUCGCAGAAGUCCCGGGGAGACCUGGUGGGGCUGCUUCGGCAGCUGGGAUUCGACAUCUCUGAGGACGAGGUGACCUCCCCAGCACCAGCCACCUGCCAGAUCCUGAAGGAGCGAGGCCUGCGGCCACACCUGCUCAUCCAUGAAGGAGUCCGCUCAGAAUUUGAUGAGAUCGACACGUCCAACCCAAACUGUGUUGUAAUUGCAGAUGCAGCAGAAGGCUUUUCUUAUCAAAACAUGAAUAAAGCCUUCCAGGUGCUCAUGGAACUGGAAAAUCCUGUGCUCAUAUCCCUGGGGAAAGGACGCUAUUACAAGGAGACCUCUGGCCUGAUGCUGGACGUCGGUGCCUACGUGAAGGCGCUCGAGUAUGCCUGUGGCAUUGAAGCCGAGGUGGUGGGGAAACCUUCUCCUGAGUUCUUCAAGGCUGCCCUGCAAGCCAUCGGCGUGGAAGCCCACCAGGCCGUCAUGAUUGGGGACGAUAUCAUGUGUGACGUCGGCGGUGCCCAGCGGUGUGGAAUGAGGGGGCUGCAGGUGCGGACCGGGAAGUUCAGGCCCACGGACGAGCACCAUCCGGAGGUGAAGCCUGACGGGUAUGUGGACAACCUCGCGGAGGCCGUGGCCCUGCUGCUGCAGCACGCGGACAAGUGACGGGCCUCCUGGGAGGGCCCCAGCCUCCUUCCACCUGCCCCAGUGCCCAGACCACCCUCUGCCCUCUGCCCCUCCUGGGCAGGCAAGGGCCCUUCUGGACUGCCCUGCCCCCAGGCUUGAGCCAGCCAGCCCUUCCUCUGCCUCCGUCCGCUGGCCCCGGCCUCCUGGGGAGGCCUGCUCCCUGCCCGGGUUGCCCGCUCCCCUGCCCGGGCCCUGCCCUUGGCUCCUUCAGUGCAGUCCAGGAGGGUGGGACAGACCUGUCAGCCUCUGGAGAGUGGAAACCCUCUGGGCUUGUGCUGGAAGGUGCCUCUGGGAAUGUCCUGGAUCCCUGAGUUCACUCACUCUUGUUUCCCCUGAUCCUGGCAAGGCAGCAACCUCCACCUCAUCCCAUCCCGAGGCCUCGUGCCCGCUGCCUUCAUCGGAUGCUGCAUUUAAGCGAGGGGCCUGGAGAAAGCCCAGUGGCUCCCGCGCACAGCUCGUGCGGCCCAGAGCCAAGCCACCCCCCUGGCACUGCCCAGCCCUCCCCCAAACCAUGCCAGCCCCCCACAGAGACUGGGGCCAGCUGCCAAGGCACUUUGAAGACCACCAUCCUACAGAGCGAGAACCAACCCCUGCUUCCCAGGUUGUGGGUGGUGGCGCCAUAACUGGGUAGACUGGAAGGUGUCGUGCCCAGCGUGUGCAGGAGCAGCCCAGGGGCUCAAUAAACUCUGCCAUGA